AAAUAUGUACUUUCAAAAUUACAUGACUGUUAGUUUGCGCAUUAGGAUCCCGAUUUAUGGAUCUCUCGGUAAAAAGUAGGUCAGAUUUCGCUUAUUCCUAAUCCUGAAUGCACGGUGGAUGUGAAGAAGUAGACCAUCAUCUCGGAAAAGAAAAAUUGAAAUGAUUGAAGAUUCUUUAUUUGACCAAUUAUAUACAAAAUGGAUUGGUUUUUCCCACCUAAACACAAUUUUUUCUGAAGAAUUCAUCUCUCCAACUAUUUCUUCAUGGGAAGUUUAUAUAAAUUUUCAUAUCUUAUUUGAAUUGAGAUAAGUUUUUUACUGUAAAUUUUGCAUUUCUUAUAUAAUGAUUCAACCUUUAUAAAGUUAUAUCAUAUUCUCUUUAAUAUCUUAUCCUGAGUAAAUAAUUAUUUUUGAAAUAUUUAUUUUGACUCAAUUUUUAGGUAAGAGUUCAAGAAAGUUUUACUUAUUUUCUUGGCAAGAGUAAUAGGGUCAAGGAGAAAAGGAUAUAAAGGUCAAAAACAUAAAAGCAUCCCCCAGUCAAAACUCCGAGUUAAAGCUGACCGACCCUUUGUCAUUAAUACAAAUAUUCUCUUUCCUAUUUUUGUUCUCUCCUUGUAUGGAAACAUAAUUUCGCCGACCCUCUUGAACCCUUAUUUAAGCUCCUCUCCUCUCUUGCCUCCUCAUCGCAAAUAUCGUCCUCUUUAACCUAAUCACACUAAAAUCUACCUCCUUUCAUAGAGGCUUGCCUUCUUUUAAAUUGAUGAAAGUAGUAGAUAUAACUUUAUAAUAAAUAAAUAAAAACUCAGGACGUGUGUAGAUAUGGCUGCCGAGGGAGGUGUUCUUGAUGCUCGCAAAGCCUCUGAGGCUUUUGUGGAAAAGUACUAUCAUACUGUGGGGACGACGACUCAAGCAGCACAUACGUUUUAUGCUGAUGGUUGCAUUGUCAGCAGACCAGGACCUGAUGGUACUACGAUGUCUUUUUCAUCCCUCGAGGCUAUCAAGAAGCACUACCUUUCCUCUUACUAUGAUGGUACUACAUUCGAUGUGGUCAGUGUCGAUUCUCAGAGUUCAUUGGGAGAUGGGGUAUUCAUCAUGGUUAUAGGUUUCUUGACUGGUAAAGAUAACCUCAAGAGAAAGUUUUCCCAAGCGUUCUAUCUUGCACGUCCGAACGGUGUCUAUGCUGUCGUCAAUGACAUUCAUCGUUUUGUUGAUGAGGAGUCCUCUACUACAAGAGCUCUUCCAUUUGUUGAAUCUGUGCCAGAAGUUACAAAGCCUUUUGAAGAGGUAAAAAAGACUGCGCAGGUCCACAAAACCACCAAGAAGAAGUCUGUCAAAGCUGCGGAGGUUAAGAAUGUGGCUACUCCUGAAAAGGCUGUAACUGCUCAAAAACCCAAAGAGCCGGUUGCUGAAACAUCAGCUACUCCUGCUCUUGAUGGAGCCAAGAUAUCUUAUGCUUCAAUGGUGCUAUCCAUGUCGAGAAACGCUGCUCCUCUCCAAGUUAAAGCAGCCCCGAUUCAGAAACCUAGUACCGUGGCACAACCCAAACCCCAUGUAUCUCCAGCACCUGUUAAGAAAAGUGACCAGAAGAUGGUUGAUGAACCAGGGACUUCCAUAUUUGUCUCGAAUCUGCCAAUGGAUGCAAGGCCUCCUCAAGUCUAUGAACUAUUCAAAGGUUUUGGCGCUAUCAAAGGAAAUGGUGUUCAAAUCAGAAGCUCCAGGUUUAGUGGAAGCUGCUUUGCCUUUGUUUCCUUUGAAUCUGUUGCAUCUGUUAAGAGUGUACUUAAGGCUGCCAAGAACAAUCAGUUCAAGCUUGGGGAGCAUAAACUUCGUGUGAAGGAAAAGCAAGUUGAGUAUAAUAGUAACAAACCGUCUGGUGGGAGAAGUGAAGGUGGAAGCAUGAGUCAGAGUGGUUCUGUAGAUGGACGCAAGACUCCGGCUGGCUCUGUAGAUGGAAUCAGGAGUCAGAGUGGUUCUGUAGAUGGAAGCAAGCCUCAGAGUGGCUUGGCAGAUGGAAGCAGGACUGAGAAUGUAUCUGUAGGAGGCGAAGAAGAUGAUGGCUUCAAGGUGGUCAGAAGCCGUAGGAACAGAAGUGAGAAGAGGAGCCAAGAAUAGCCAAGAGAAACAGACAAGAAUAUAUUCCGGCAUUACAGAUUCACAUAUCUUUACUUCUUUAAGUCUUUUUUGUUGUUGCUCAAGUAAAACGGAAAAAAUCUUUUUUUUUGUUUUACUCCUAUCAUAAAUCUUCUAUUCUUAAUUAGUUAUAUAAAAAAAAACGAUCAAUCACU